CUGAGCCUUUUUAACUGGUAGGUUUGCUUCCAAAGGAACCUGCAGCAUCUGUGGCAUGUGUGAAGUGUUCCUGGCCCAAAGGUGCUCCACGUGCUGGGAUGGAGUCACCACAGGCCCCUCGGCCACCUCAGCCCACCCAGCCCCUCACUGCUGCUGCUGCUGGACCAGCCCAUCACAUGGACAGACACCCCAAGGCCACUGGAGUCACCUCAGCUCUGGCAUCUGCACCCCCCCAGCUUUGGAGCAGGGUGGGCUACCGUCCUCUGAGGCCGUGUGACAGGGAACUAGCAGAAGAGUCGCUUUUAAGAUGACACGAACAGACCCACCUGACAUUCUGGUGUCCACGGUGUACCAAGACAUCAAGGUGGCGACAGCAGCCCCUGGGGAUUCCGUUGUCUGUCAGCCCCUAGCACAAUGUGAUGCCUCCAUGUCCUCCUCCCUGUCCCGCGAGCCGCAGCCCUUCAACAAGCGCCAUUGUAGGAGUUUCGACUUCAUCGAGUCGCUGGAAGAGCUGGGCACCCCCUCGGCCAUGGAGCGCGCCUGCCCUCCCAUGCUGGCACCCCGCGCCGCCCACCGGCCACCGGCCCUUUCGAAAAGUCACCGGAGAACUGCUCGCCCGACCUGAGCGCUGAGGAGGACGACAUGAUGAUGUGCUCCAAUGCCAAGUGCCGGCGCACAGAGACCAUGUUCAAUGCCUGCCUCUACUUCAAAUCGUGCCACAGCUGCUACACCUACUACUGCUCCCGGCACUGCCGGCGCGAGGACUGGGACACGCACAAGGCCAGCUGCGUCUACGGGCGGGUGGGCAGCGUCUGCCGCCACGUCCUGCAGUUCUGCCGCGAGAACACCGAGGUGCACAAGGCCUUCUCACGCAUCGCCAAGGUGGGAUACCUCUCCCGCGGCCGCGGCGUCCUCUUCCUGGGCUUCCCCAAUGCGGGCUCCGCCGAGAACUUUCUCCAGUUUGGGCUGGAGAGCCUGCUGAUGUCCCCCACGUACCUGUCCCUGCGGGAGCUGGACAGCUACUCGGACAACCUGGGGGAGUAUGCCCAGGAGCUGCGGGAGACAGGCAACCAGUACGACCCCAACGAAUGUUUCCUGCUGAAUGUAACCGUGGCCGUCACUCAGAAAGUGCCAGAGAGGCCGUCACCGAAGAUGCAGGUCCCGACGGUCAGGAAAUACGCCAAGGUGGCCUUAGCCUCCUCCAGCCCUGAGAAGAAGAUCUUGAAGAAGGAGCGGGACAUGGAAACGUUGAUCCUGACGCCACCGCCCGGAACGGCGGACAUCGACAAGGAGGGGGAGGAGGGCCGGAAGGCACGGGAGGUCUGCUUCAUCAACAUCCAGCGGGAGCUGCGCAUCCGCGGCGUCUUCCUGCGGCACGAGUUCCCCGCUGUCUACGAGCAGCUCUGCGACUUCGUGGAGAGCAACAAGCGCUUCACCCCCACCACCAUCUACCCCAUCGACAAGAGGACGGGCAAACAGUUCAUGUGCAUGAUUAUGGCGGCCUCCGAGCCUCGCACCCUCGACUGGGUGGCCAGCCCCAACCUCCUGGACGACAUCAUGUGAACGCAGGGCGGGGGCACCCCCUCUGUAGAGACGUGCUGUCCUGUCAGAACCCCCUCGGCUGUUACACCAAGGGGUACCAAGGGGAGGGGGCUGCGGGCAGCCGGCAGUGCUGGGGGGCCGGGCGGUGACGGGAGCACAGCCCCAAGUCUGCCCUGGAGCCCAGAGCCCGGGGAGCCCCUGCAGAGCCCUCUGGCGUGAGCGGUGCUUGGCCAGAGCGGGGGCGUCUCGCACCCCCCCAACCCCUGCUGCAACCCAGAGCCCCUCGGGCCUGCCCCAGGCUCCCCUCAGCACCGAGGGUCCCCGCAGCGGCCAUACCCAGCGCCUGGGACUGGGCUGCGCCAGGAUCGUGUCCCUGCCGCGCCUGUGUAGCCUGUGCGUGUUACUGCGGGAGCGUCAGGCGCCGGGGGGGCCUGGGAUCCCCCGCGGGCUCUGGGCACAGAGCGGGGCAGGGCUGGGGGUCCCGGGGCGGAGCGGCCACGGUGAGGGAUCGGCGGGAGGGAGGGGGGGGGCUCUGACCGGGGUCGG